UCCCCCCACUCGCAUUUAUGUACCAGUGCUGCUCCUCUCUGCAUCUUUGAAAGGGACUGGAGUGCUGACUUUGUCACUUGAAAAAACCUUAAGAGAAUGCGGUGCAUGUCCCAACCAAGCCUGAAGCUGCCAGAAGACUGAGAAAAAAAGCAAUAUUUCCAUCAGAGGUGCUGCUUCAUGGUUUCAAGCAAGGAGAAAAGAAGUCAGGAUAGCAAAGAGGAUCAGAGGGCACUACAGAAGAGUAAAGUUACAGUACAUCUUGAUGAACAUUUUAUUUGAGUUAUUUUCCCUAAUGAUGACUAAUAUCCUAUAAGCCUCCAGGUUUGAAGAAAGAAGAAACACACAAGAGGAGAGUUUAUAAAGUUCAUCGGAAGAUUGCGUCAUGAAAUUUGUUUAUGGGAAAUCUUCAGGACUCUAAAGAAGAGGUAAUGUCUUUCAGUUUGAAGACAGAGGACAUUUGCAGCAUUACAUUAAGAUUUUGGAAAUAAUUUCUGCAUGAAUUUGCUGUUUAAUUUGUCAUUGUUUGUCAGAACUAAUUGACAAGCAGUUUUAGAUAGUCUUUAUUGGGCAGCUAAUUGAUUAGGUGACAUUUUAAUGUUUUUGAACAUAAACAAAAAAUGCUUAUGAUAAAUUAUGUAAAACUAGAUUAAGUAAAACUAGGAGAGAGAAAUUGUUUUACCAAUCGAAACAUCAGCGUGCUGGUUGGAUUGUGUGUAACUGAAAAAAAAAUCCGAAAUGUGGGAAUAAUUGCAGCAUGCUCGAAGAGUUUAUAGCUGGAAUUGUUUCAGAGACUCAGCUUGUCUGGUUAAAGCUCCUGAGGAUACAUAAGUGCGCUUAUGGAUCUGAACAUUGUGAAAGAUGAUCAUGUACCCUUCCUGGGUGAGACAACUGCCACUCAUCACACCACAGCACCUCCUGUCCUGACCUCUCACAGUCCAGUUCUGAAUCAAGGUCUUGCAGCUGGCUUUAAGAGGGUGUUUCGGACAGAGGAGGAUAGCCCAUGCCCAUUUCCUGGGCUGCUCCCAGGCGUUUUGGAGAUGCGUGUUAAAGAAGGCAGCAAGAUCCGCAACCUGAUGGGCUUUGCUAUGGCACGGAUGCAGUGCAAGGAAGGAAACAGCGAACAGGUCGGACUGAGACAGGUGGUGUUCACUGGGUCGGGUCGGGCUGUCACCAAAACCAUCACUUGUGUAGAGAUAAUGAAGAGAAAAGUGGGUGGACUCCACCAGCUGACUAAACUGCGCUAUAAAGGUAUUCGGGAGCUGUGGGAGAGUCAGGAAGGAGGCGGUGCCAAAAUGACCGUCCACAGGACUGUGCCAUCUAUCAGUAUCCUUCUCUCCAAGGACCCGCUGAACCCCCUUGAGCCAGGAUAUCAGCCCCCUGAGAUGCAGAGCGUGCUCUGGGAGGAAAGACAAGAUAGUGAUGCAGUGUGUAGUGACGCAGGAAAGAGGCAGUUUGACUACAAUGUCAUACAGAGUGAAACGCAGUCAAAAAGAUUUUGCCCUCAAGGUGGAAUCUCUAUAAAUUAACCAUUCUGGCUAAUGGGGAUGUCAGAACCACUUGCUGAGACUGCAAAGCUUUUGCAGAGGAAAUCUGAAGGUAGUUUGUUUGCUGUUUGUUAUAAUGUUUACAGACUGUGCUUUUGACUGAAAUGACAAAUGGAAAUCAAGCCUUCAGCUGAACUGGAUAAGUUUAUCUGCUCAUUUCUAUUACAGUAUACAUGUACACUUGCACGUUUUGCCACCGUAUGGUACCACCACUUCUCUCUCCAUUUUUCACUGCCGGUGCUUAAUGUUUCUAUGGAUGUGAGUAGUGUGAAAAGUUUUCUCCGUUGUAAUUAAACACGUAUACUCAUACUUAAUUAGCACAAACUCUUUUGCAUAAAAGUGUAACUCUUCAUCACAAGGUGAGCGGAUUUUACCACCAGGGGAAAAAAAAGCAUUAGAUUAAAAUAACUGAAUGAGUGGUCUGUGAGUUCACUUUGUCAUAAUCACAGACAUACAAAAGAAUACUGUAUUAAAUUAAAAAAAAACAGAAUGAUUUGUUUCCAUUAAGACAA